ACAAAAACACAGGAUUCAGGGCAAAAAAUUAUGCAGAUGAAAUUGUUGUUGUGGAUGGUGGUGAUGAUGGUCAUAUUGCCAUCUUCUACCGUUACGGCAAGUUCAAAUAUUUCUUUAGAAAACUGCCCACAAACAUGUGGAAACGUCAGCGUUCCUUUCCCUUUUGGAUUUGGCCGUCCUGAAUGCGCCAAAAACUCAACCUUCCUGCUUGAAUGCGACCAGAGCAGCAGCCUCUUGUAUGGCAAAAUUGCAAUUAACAACAUAUCAUUGGAAGAAGGCACCAUCACCGGACUCAUUGGCUCUGCCUACGAGUGCUACGACAGCAAUGGUUCUUUGUCGAAUUGGAGUGAUGCGAGUGUCAUGUUCAACAAUUUGUCUUUCGUCAUAUCCAACAAUUGGUCUUUCAUCAUAUCCCCCAUCCACAACAAGUUUGUUGGCUUGGGCUGCGACACGCUGGCCAUAAUUAAAAACAAAGAAGGAAGGUUCGGAAGUGGGUGCAACACCUUCUGCUAUAACCCUACCGAAGUCAGGAAGGACGAUUCUUGCUCCGGCUUUGGAUGCUGCCAGACCUCCAUUCCCAAGCACCUCAACAAAUUGAGCAUUACGGUUGUCAGUAGAUAUAGGCACGAAUAUGUUUGGAAAUUCAACCCCUGCAGUUAUGCUUUAGUGGUUGCAAAUUCCUUUGAUAUAUCGAAAAUAAAAUUCCUUGGUUAUUCGCCAACUGCUCCAAUGUACCCCGUGGUUUUUGAAUGGGUGAUCGGAGAUCAGCACGGCUGCCAAGAUUAUUGCGGCCCUAAUGCUAAAUGCUCUUACUCCGACACUGGUGGUGGAUUUCGUUGUUCGUGCAAGCGCGGGUUCAUCGGAAAUCCCUAUCUCCCCCAAGGAUGUCAAGAUAUUGAUGAGUGCAAAGAACCAGACAAGUAUCCCUGCCAUGGAACUUGCCGGAAUACCAUCGGGUCCUACACUUGCAAAAACAAAAUAACCUUGCCUAUCAUUUUGGGUAUCAGUUUGGGGUUUACAGUAGUUUGUUUAGUAGUUAUUAGUGCAUGGGGGUUGUCCAAAAUGUUAAAGAAGAGAAGGAAAAUGAAGCUCCGUAGCAAGUUCUUCAAACAAAGCUUAUUAUGGCAGCAACAAUUGUCUUCAACUGAGGGUAACGUUGAAAAUACCAAAACAUUUAGUAUCAAGGAGUUGAAAAAGGCAACUAAUAACUUCAAUAGGAACAGAAUACUUGGUCAAGGAGGUCAGGGCACUGUUUAUAAAGGAAUGUUGGUUGAUGGAAGAAUUGUUGCAAUUAAGAAGUCCAAAGUACUGGAUGAAGAGAAAGUUAAAGAUUUCAUCAAUGAAGUGGUCAUUCUUACACAGAUUAAUCAUAGAAACAUUGUUAAGUUAUUAGGGUGUUGUUUGGAGAUUGAAGUUCCUUUGCUAGUUUAUGAAUUCAUCCCGAAUGGGACACUUUUCCAGUACAUACAUGAUGAAAAUGAGGACUUCCCAUUAUCCUGGGAAAGACGAUUAGCAAUUGCAUCAGAAGUUGCAUCUGCCCUUUCCUACUUACACUCGGCAGCCUCCAUUCCCAUUUAUCACCGAGAUGUUAAGUCUUCAAAUAUUUUACUAGAUGAAAAGUAUAGGGCAAAAGUUUCAGACUUUGGGACAUCAAGAUCAAUUGCCGUGGAUCAAACUCAUUUGACCACAAAUGUUCAGGGCACAUUUGGGUAUGUAGAUCCUGAAUAUUACCAAUCGGGUCACUUUACAGAAAAGAGUGAUGUUUAUAGCUUUGGAGUUGUCCUUGUUGAGCUUUUAACCGGAGAAAAACCAGUUUCUUUGGAAAGGGCAGAAGGUGAAAGAAAUUUGGCCCCUCAUUUCAAAGUUUCCAUGGAAGAGAAUAAUCUCUUUAACAUUCUUGAUGCUCGAGUUAAGGAUAGUUCUGCACAUGAAGAAAUUAUAAAGGUUGCCAAACUUGCAUUUAGAUGCUUAAGCUUGAGUGGUGAAAGGCGGCCAAGGAUGAUAGAAAUUGCUAUGGAGUUGGAGCAAAUUUGUUUUUUGCAAAACAAUUCAAAUGGUCAAAAAAAUCAUGAUGAGAUUACAAAUGUCAGGACUGAAGUAACCAAUCAUUGGGAUGUUGCCUCCUCCUCAGGAGCUGCUUUGUCAAUGGACAUGGAACCACCAUUUUCAAGUGAAUCAUGGGGAUUGUCAGAAAAGCAAGUGAGCUCAAAUAUCAAAUGAUAUAGGUGGAGAUAGACUAUGCUUUGUAUGGGUGUAUAUAGUUUCAUUAUUACUUGUCAUAAUAUUAUUAUGAUUAGUAAAGAAAUUGAAACUAC